UUCGGCGAGACUGCGUGUUCCGCUGCAUUCACCGUCAGCCCGAGCCGAGGACCGCACGCUGCACUGCACUAGAGGAACUUUACUCCUUUACCCUCCACUGAUCCUGAAGAAAAGGCCGCCGCAAUUUUAGCCAUCGUCAACAUGAAGGAAAGAAGAGUCACUCAGCCGUGUGUAGCGAGAUGCAAACUAGUGCUGGUCGGGGACGUCCAAUGCGGUAAAACUGCGAUGUUACAAGUCUUGGCCAAGGACUGCUAUCCUGAGACGUAUGUCCCAACUGUGUUUGAGAACUACACAGCCUGUCUGGAGCUUGAGGAUCAGCGGAUUGAGCUCAGUCUUUGGGACACAUCAGGUUCUCCUUACUAUGACAAUGUCAGACCCCUGUGCUACAGCGACUCAGAUGCAGUGCUCUUGUGCUUCGACAUCAGCAGACCAGACACAGUAGACAGUGCGCUGAAGAAGUGGAAAGCAGAGAUUCAGGAUUUUUGUCCCAGCACAAAAAUACUGUUAAUUGGUUGCAAAACAGACUUGCGCACUGACGUUUGCACACGUAUGGAGUUGUCAAAUCAGAAACAGACUCCGAUCUCCUAUGAGCAGGGUUCUACCUUUGCCAAACAGCUUGGGGCGCAGACGUACCUGGAGUGUUCCGCCUUCACGUCAGAGAAAAGUAUUAACAGUGUCUUCCGUGCUGCAGCUCUGGCCUGCAUGAACAAACUCCAACCUACAAAUAAGCCCACCCCAGCUCGCCGUCUCUCAAAGAGACUCCUUCAUCUGCCGAGCAAGACUGAUCUGCUUUCCUCCACUUUCAGCAAGGACAAAUCCAGGAGCUGUGUUAUUAUGUGAGCAAUGAGUGGGAGGCAUGGACUAGCUGAUGCUGUGUCUGCAGGGGGAAAAAGAAUGACCAUGUCAAAGCAGUCUCUUCAAAUCCCCUGUUGGUCCCCCUGAGAGAUUUCUAUCAUUUGCUUUGUUCAACCCUGAACUCUUGAUCAUGACUCAUCACCAGCAUCCAAUGCAGAGAGAUUAUCUGUGUAUCCUUUGUAACCAGCACAUCUGCCCAUAUAGAACCCUGCAGAGAUCAAAACGGGCCCACUUAUUGGUCAAGGAUGAUCGUAGGACUAUUUGACCAUUACCCAUUAACAAGAGUAAUAGCUGCGGCCAAUUGUGUAACCUGUUUUAAAGAAUUCAGACUGGGCCGUUCGGAACAGUGUCUGUGGAAUAAAGGUGAAGAUUGAAGGCAGGGCUUUGGAGACUUGUUUACAAGAGGGCAAUAUUUUGAUGACAGGCUGCCAUGAACAUUCUUUGUUUAUAUACUUAUAAAGAGCUUUAGCCUGACUAUAACGUGGAAGGAUAAGAUGCCACACUUUCAUACGUGUAUUUUUAUGCAACAGUAUAACAUCAUGGCAAGUUUAGGUCCCUUACUAGAGAAACUCCACACAGUGCUGUAUGAGAAAGUGAAGAUAAAUGGAAGUUGAUCACAUAAGCCUGUGCCGUUCCAUGUAUUGCUGUUUAUUUAUUUUGGUGACUAUUUAUUUUUAUCUGUUAUUUGACACACUUGAUGGAGCUGAAACAAAUGGCUUUGAGCCUGUUCUCCAUUAUUUAAUUCAAACCAACGCCGUCCAACUAUGAUUCAAAUGCACCAAUGAUUUGAUUCCAUAUUUAACCAAAGAUGAUUUUUAUGAACUCAUUUUGGUAAAAGUCUUCCUGUUUGUGUUGCGCCAGUUUUGUAAACUAGUUGAAGGAUCCCGAAGACAAAACGAUCAAGAUUAGUCCUGAGUCAGGACAAAGUCUUCUUAGAUUAAAAGACAUUAUGAAAUCAUAUAAUAUUGCCUUAAAAAAACAUCCAAAUAUGGCUGCCCUUUAAGAAUAAGCCUCGGUCUAAUUGAUGUUACAGUAUUACCGGAUAAUCCCAUCCUGCUUCAGAACUGAUCCACCUGUUUUUCCUCUUUCAUUUUCAGAGAAAAAUUUAAAUGCUGCAUCACUAUAUUGCUAAGAAACCAGUGACCUAGUGCUGAGGAUUAAAUAUUACUGCGGCCUUUCUAUGUGGACUUUGCACGUGACUAGUUUCCUCUGCGCACCUUUUUAAAAAUUGCUGUCGAAACGCAUCCUAUUGCCAUUCUUUUAGAUGAGUAUAGGCAGAGACAUUGUGAAGAACCAUUGCUUAAAUAUGUGAAAAAAGACUACCCCUCUGCAACCUACUCAUGAUGUUUACUCAAAACUGUUGCACGUUUGAGUGAAGUAGGCUGAUGGUGGUCCUUUGUCUUAAAAGUACGAUGUCCCAGAACAACUCUUAACCCUUUUGAAAUGAACAUUUCCUUUGUCUGAUGUUUUGUUUUUUAUUUUUAAGCUAUUGGUGUUGUUGUAUUCACUUGAGUCUCCUGGCGCUAUUGGCUGUUGACAGCUCAGCUAAUGGAAGAUCCCGUGAUUUGUAGUUCUGCAGCAGGAAGCCCGGCGUUGUCUGGAUGUAAAGACCACUGGAAUUUGACAGGUUGCCUAGCAACAGCGCGAGAAGGGUCAAGCGUGAACGGGGUCUAUGGCUCACACAGAGAGGGAGUGAUGGCUCUCCUAGAGGGCGCCUCACCUUUCAUUUGUAGCAUUAGACAGCAGCCACAGUGCACAGGACGGAUGAGCAGUUACGGGUGCGGCGGUCUGAACGAGAUCUCUGUGGGCGUUUAAAGACCCCAAGCUGGUAGCAGCCAAGAAUAAGAUGUUUCAACUGACAUCUAAAAUAUCUGUAGCUCUUCUGAAGUGGUUCCUUCCCUCCUCAACAUAAUGGAUAUAUUUCAAUCAAGCUUCAGUGGCUUUAUAUACCUUCGAAUAUAUUCAAGUAUCUCGCUUGUUCUGUAAGACUUUUUGUACAUAUCCUGCUUCCUAAAGCUUCAGAAGAAUGUGACUGAUGCAAAAGAAUUAUGUGUGACCACUUUGGGUUUCAUUUAUCGACAGGAUUCUGUAUUUGUUAUUAUGAAAUUCAAUGUUGAAAUUUUAUUUUAAAUAAAGACGUCUGAAAAUCAA